AUGGCUCCCAAGAACCACUCCCCCCUACCCUUACAAGAGGCCCUGAACUUGGUAAAGAUACCAUCAUCAGGGGAAACGCGGCGAUUUAUGGGGACGAGAUCGGCGUAUCUUCCCGGCUCUGAUUUCGACGAAGAGAAAGGAAUCCCAAGCGUGCAUUCCGCUGCCUUCGGCGGUCAUGUAUACGCUCAAUCCGUAUUAGCCGCCUCACAAGCUUGGAGAGAACUAGAAGACGAACGAGGCGCGACGCCGACUGAGAGACUCGGGUUUCACACCAUCACGGGCUACUUUACACGCCCAGGCAACCCCUCCCGCCCCUUCAUCUAUAACGUCACGCCCCUGACCGCCUCCCGCACCUUCAGCACCCUCUCCGUAACCGCCUACCAACCCUCUCAACCCAGCACCAACCCCGAAAAGGACCACUUCCCCCUCGCCGAUGCCUCUCUCCCGCUCGCCCCACCAUCCUUCACGGCCAUCUGCUCCUUCAAACUAGCCGAACCUCACUCCCAGGGCGUCUCAAUCCAGGAAGCGCCCCCGCAAGAACGCUUCUCUGAGAUUCUGGCGAGCCGUCCGCCGCUGGCGUGGCCGCCCGCGCCCCCGGUAGAUAUCACGGGUAUUGUUGAGCUCGCGGGGUCGGAUCAAGAGGGCAAGUUCCCGAUUGCCAAGAUGCGCAAGGUGGACAUGACGGCGUAUAACGAGGGCAGGCCAAUGCAUGAAAGGCGAGAGCUGCUGUUGUACAAGCUGCUACGGCCACUCCCACCCCCAGCCGUCGCCAGCGAGGAAGGAGUCACCAUUGAGGGAAAGGAGCCCGGUGGCGAUCGGCCGUGGUGGGCCGAUACCAGUGCGCAUGUUGCUGCGCAUGCUUAUGUUGCAGACCGGAAUGGUUUGCUAGUUGUGGGUAAUCACGCUGGAUUCGGCCAUGCAUUCGGCCGUGCUGCGAGCUUGAACUACACGCUUGUUGUGCAUGUGAAUGCGGACGAGGCGGUGAUGCAUGGCAGUGUGGAGGAAGGGGAUGGUGAUGACGGCGGGUGGUGGGUGCAGGAGAUGUUUUUUCCGCGCGUGGCGGCUGGUAGGGGGAUCGUGGAGAGUAAGAUCUGGAGUCCGAGUGGUGUGCAUGUUGCAACGGAGUAUCAGGAUGGGUUGGUGCAAGGGAUGGGGCUGGGGAAGUUGUAG